AUGAACUUAAAACGUGGCCUGGAGGAGCAGCCUCGUGGCUUCAAUUCAGUGGUGACGAGUCGCUGUUUACUCUCUCCACCCAGUGACUUCCUUCAGUCUCCAAAGCUAAGACCCUCUCAAGGAAUGCCAGUCAGCGACGAGUUGUUUUUUAGUAGAAAAAGGCCAUCAAGGAAUUUAUUUCAGAACCGGGUAGAUCUGAGCUCGGAACAUUCUUCUGUUUGCCCUGCAGGUGCUGUGGGCUCUCAUCAGCCACAUAUUUCAGGGAAAUGUGGGCAACUUGGCUACACACAGAUAAAUGGGAAGAGUGGUAGCGUGGACUCCGAGUUACAAUUUUUAGGAUUAAAUAAUGGUCAGCAAGAGAAAGGGCCGCCCCGGGGGCUCCGCUGCCCUUCCAGGACGGUCCUGGGGAGCUCCAGGGCGCUGCGCCCUGGGGAGAGGCAGCAGCACGAGGCCUUGGGGCUGCCCCUUGGGAAGGGGUUUCCGUGCCUUGCUCUGUGCCCUGCUCGUGGCCCUGGCGGGCGUGCGGGGCCGCGGCCCCGGGCCGAUGAAAGGCCGUCCGUGUCCGUCCGCGCGUCCCGCGGGCGCUCACGGCACGAGGGAUCCGUCGGGGCUUGUGUGUCCAUCCGAUCGCUGCGACAGGCCGGCUCGAAAUGCUCCUCCCGGGAGCUGCUGGGCUCGUUGCUAAAGCUUAUGCAGAGUUCGCUGAGAUCCCUGCGGAACAGCGCGGCCAAGAAGAGGGCCCAGCUGAGCAGCAGCGUUUCCGACCUGGAGAGCCCCGACUCCGCGCGCAGGCUCCGUGUCUCCGGGGGCUCCCGCGCGUCCUCCCCGAGCGCCAGCUCCUGCAGCGAGAGCAGCCUCUGCAGCCAGGAGCCUCCGCGGAGGAGGGUGAUGUCAGACACCUUUCCUCUACUUGGCAACAAAUCACAGCCCCCCAGAAUAUCUUCAGCAAGAAGCAGAGAGACUAAUGUGACAGAACAUACCUCCAGCACGGGACUAAUGCUGCACGAUAAAGGGACUUCAAAUGUCAGCAUAGUUGGGCAGCGUUUGAGAUGUGGCAAUGGGUGUGAUGAUUCUGAAGACAAGAAGCAAAGUGAAGUGUCGCCUACUAUUCUUAAAAGUCAAAACACAGAACACCAAAGAAAUUUUAAGCACUCAAAAGGUUUUACAGGAUCAACUUCUAGUUUUCAGCAAAUCAACAGCCUAGAUUUCAUGUCACCAAGGGUCCUGCCAGAAGCUUCAGUAGCAGUUGUUGGUAAAGGUGUUUUUGGGAGCUCCUCUGCCCUACCGUGCAGCCCGGCGGCGCCGCGCGAGGAGAAGGGAGCGGAGCAGGCGGCGAGAGCGGGCGCCGUGUGCCGGAGCAGCGCCGCUCCUCCGCACGCGGCCAGCGACGGAGGGAUAAAAGUUGCCAUGUCAAAAUCUGCCCAGGAUAAGAUGAGACAGAAGAAAAAAGAACAAAAAGAACAGAAUCACAAAGUGCAACACGAAGUUAAAGACCUCGAAGUAAAAGAAGAAAAUCCCUGGGCAAAACUCAAGCUGAAAGAACCAGAGAAAAUGACAAUAGAAAAUGAAGCUUCUCUUGGAGCUCGAGGGCAGUAUAAAGAGCGGACCCCGUCGGUCACUCACAGUCCGGAAAUAAUGGACCCAUCGGAGCUGCAGCCCUUCUCCAGACCCGAGACGGCGCUGGCAGAAGCACUGAGGCUGUUAGCUGAUGAUGACUGGGAGAAGAAAAUUGAAGGUCUGAACUUUGUGAGAUGUUUGUCUGCCUACCAUGCGGAUAUUCUGACUGUAAAGCUGCAUGAAACAAGUCUGGCUGUGGCUCAAGAGGUCAAGAAUUUACGCUCAGGUGUUUCUCGAGCUGCUGUGGUCUGUUUAGGGGAUUUGUUCACCUACCUGAAAAAGAACAUGGAUCAAGAACUAGAUAAUACAGUAAAAGUCCUCUUGCACAAAGCUGGUGAAUCCAACACUUUUAUAAGGGAAGAUGUAGACAAAGCACUGAAGGCUAUGGUUAAUAACGUGACUCCAGCACGUGCACUUUGUUCUCUGAUAAAUGGAGGGCAAAGCCACCUGCACACGGCGGUGAGGAGAUGCACAGCGCAGCACCUCUCGGACGUCGUGGAGCGCAUGGGCCCGGCGCGGAUCCUGUGUGGUACCAAGGAUGUCACCGACAGGGUCUUGGCGGCCACGGCCAGGUUUGCUCAGGACGGCUCGCAGGAAACAAGGUAUUAUGGGCGAAAGAUGCUCUUCAGUAUGAUGACUCAUCCUGAUUUUGAUAAAAUGCUUGAAAAGUGUGUGCCAGCCAAGGACUUGCCUUACAUUAAGGAGUCUGUUAACAAUCUACGUCAAAAGGGUCUGGGGGAGAUGCCAUUAGAUACCCCCUCAGCAAAAGGAAGACGUUCCCAUACCAGUAGUGUUGGACAUUCAAGGUCAUCCUCUACUUCCAGAGAUGCUCUCAACGUCACUGAGAGGGAGUCUGUAGAAGCUCGUGAAGUUCAAAGAAAAACAGUUCCUCAUAAUUCACUAGAAACUGUGGAAUAUGUUAAAGUCAUUACAGAUUUAUUGAAUGCAAAAGACUUCCGUGAUCGAAUAAAUGGAAUUAAGCAGCUGCUGUCAGAUACAGAGAACAAUCAAGACCUUGUUGUUGCAAACAUUGUGAAGAUCUUUGAUGCUUUCAAGUCUCGCUUGCAUGAUUCUAAUAGUAAAGUGAAUCAGGUGGCUUUGGAGACGAUGCACAAGAUGAUUCCAUUGCUGAAAGACAACUUGUCGCCUGUGAUCAACAUGCUGAUUCCUGCCAUGGUAGACAAUAACCUAAACUCCAAAAAUCCAGGGAUUUAUGCAGCUGUUACAAAUGUUAUUCAGGCUUUAUGUCAACACUUAGACAACUAUCUGCUUCUCCAGCCAUUCUGCACAAAAGCCCAGUUUCUGAACGGAAAAGCAAAACAGGACAUGACAGAAAAGCUCGCUGAUCUGGUGACGGAGCUGUACCCGCGCAAGCCGCACGCCGUGGAGCAGAAGGUGCUCGUCGUCCUGUGGCACCUGCUGGGCAGCACGGCCGCCAGCGGCUCCCUGUGCGGGGCCGGCGGAGACAUUCCAGGAUAUAGUACUGCAAACCAGCUUUAA